CACCGGUGUCUAUUUCCUCUGUUGCAGCAACCCCAAAGGAAAACAACUUCCAUUUUUGAUCAGAGCUCCGGUCAAACAUCUUCUCGUGCUAGGUCGACUAGUAAUAUUUGAAAGCAGAAAUCAUGUACAGAGGAAAUAAUCUCCACCUCAGUGAAAUCAGUAGCCGUUGCUUCCUGGCCUCCGCUGCGUUGUUGGCUUCCUGGUCGGCUAUCACCUCGUCGAUAGUCCUGGCUCUUGCCAUGACAGCAGGUCCCCAGCGGACAGUCCUGGUAACAGGCGGAGCUGGAUACAUCGGAUCGCACACCUGCCUCGAGCUGCUCAGAAUUCCUAAUGAACAAUACAAGGUAGUCGUCGUCGACAAUCUAGACAACUCGUCGGAGGAAAGCUUGAGACGGGUUCGGGAAUUAGUCGGAGAAGAACUUGGAGAAUGCGGAGAGGAUCGGAUCCAGUUCCGUAAUUGCGACAUUCGCGACAAGGAGGGCCUCGACAAAGGUGAGUUGAAGAGUCAUUGAAAACCGGAAAAUGCGAAAAGUCGAACAGAACCGUACGUGGAUAUAUCAGACAGAGCUUGGGAGAUGGAUUAUCUUUCCCGUGGAGCAACCUUGACCAAGACUAGUGUUUCUGUGCAACCCGAACAAUUUAGCGCGUUAUUUUAUUGUUAUUUUAUUUAGCCAUCGCCCAACUCACAUCGUCGGAACAUUCCCUUGACCAAAACAAAUAUUGACAUUCAAAAUAGUCUUGACUGAGUUUCCCGAAAUAGAUUCAUGCAUCCAUUUUGCUGGACUCAAAGCUGUUGGAGAAUCUGUGCAAAAGCCGCUGAGUUAUUACGAUUGCAACAUCGGCGGGACCGUUAAUCUAUUGGAACGAUUGGAAGAGCACAAGGUUCGUCAUUUUGUUUUUAGCUCAUCGGCAACUGUUUACGGGKAACCAGAAAUGCUGCCCCUGACCGAAUCGGCGAGGUUGUCGGCCACAAAUCCAUACGGCCGAACGAAACUAUUUGUGGAAGAGAUUCUGCGGGAUGCAUUCGCUUCCAAUCCCGAGAAAUGGAAYAUUUUGAUUCUGCGGUAUUUCAAUCCCAUCGGUGCCCAUGCCUCGGGUAGAAUCGGGGAAGACCCGCAGGGGAUACCUAACAAUUUGAUGCCCUUCAUCGCGCAGGUUUGCGUGGGCCGUCGACCCGAGCUGAGUGUUUUUGGGGGCGACUACGAUACGCCCGAUGGAACCGGCGUCAGGGACUACAUCCAUGUGGUGGACCUUGCGAGAGGGCAUGUUGCGGCAUUGGAAAAACUGUACACAACUCCCGAUCUCGGUUGCGAGCCCGUUAACCUUGGAACAGGACGGGGUGUUUCGGUCCUGGACCUUGUUGGGGGGAUGGGGAAGGCCACCGGCAAGCCUGUCCCUUAUAGCAUUGUAGAUCGGCGACCUGGAGACGUUGCCGAAAUGUAUGCCGACCCCAAGCUGGCAAACGAUCUUUUGAAGUGGAAGGCGGAAUACGGCGUCGAAGAAAUGUGUGAGGAUACAUGGAAGUGGCAAUCUACAAAUCCUUAUGGCUACGCAACAGAAACGGAUGAGGUCGGGUUAGAAGCAUGCGAAGAAACCCGCGCUACAAACUAGCAAUGRCAGAAAGAKAUGGAUAGAACCGAAGAAACGUAAAUUACCGAG